AUGGCGUGGCAGCCGUCGCCUGAGUCCUUGAGCACCCUCGCUGCUUGUCUCAAGGACUCUCUCAGCGGCUUUGAUGUGUCCGCACAGAAACAAGCCGAACUUAUGCUCACCCAAGCGAAGUCGUCUCCCGAUAUCAAUAAUUACUUGAUCUAUCUGUUAUCGAGCCAGGAGCCUCCGUCUGGUCUGCAAUGUUCCGCACAGGAUUACUUCCUCGUGCGCUCCGCCGCCGCAAUUAUGCUGAAGAAUAACAUCAAAACAAAUUCCAAGCCGUUGCCCGAGAGCAGUCUCACUCUAAUUAAGAUGGGGAUCCCUAUGUGCUUACAGGACAAGAAUGCCCAGAUCCGCAACUAUGCAGGUAACAUCACCACUGAGUUGAUCCGUAAAGGUGGUAUCAUGACCUGGCCCGAGCUACUUCCGGAACUCUUGAAGAUGAUCGGCAAUGAGACCGGCCAAUAUUCAAACGAAGCGCAAGAGGGUGCCAUGGCCGCCAUGUCCAAGAUUUGUGAGGACAACACUAAAAUGCUAGAGCGCGAGGUGCAAGGCCAACGACCACUGAACUUCAUUCUCCCCAAAUUGAUACAGGCGACUAAGAGUCCCCUGCCCAAGGUCCGCGCUCAUGCCUUGACCGCCAUCAACGUUUUUACUCCCCGGAAGUCCCAGGCCAUGCUCAACUCCAUCGAUGAUUUGCUCCAACAUUUAUUCGGUCUCGCAUCGGACUCCCACAACGAUGUGCGCAGACAAGUAUGUAGGGCAUUUGCUCAGCUUGUCGAAUCUCGACCGGACAAGAUUCAACCCCACCUCCCUGGCCUUGUUGAUUAUAUCAUCACACAACAAAAGAGUGAUGAUGAGGAUUUAGCUACUGACGCGGCCGAAUUUUGGUUGACUGUUGGCGAACACGAGCAUCUCUGGCAUUCGUUAAGCCCGUUCAUCGACAAGAUCAUUCCGGUCCUUCUAGAAUGCAUGGUAUACGGUGCUGAGGACAUCGCGCUUUUGGGGGGCGCAUCUGAUGAUGAAGAUGAGGAAGAUGAGGAACAAGAUAUCAAGCCCCAGUUUGCAAAAAAAUCGUCCGCGCGACAGGCCAACGGAGAAGGCCCUGCAGACCCUGCGCAAAACGGAAACGCAUAUGAGAAGCUAGCGAGUAUGGACGAUAAUCUCGAGGAGGGUGAGAUUGAGGACUUUGAAGACGGGGAUGAUGCGAACCCAGAUGAGCGAUGGACUCUACGAAAAUGCUCAGCCGCGGCACUGGAUGUUUUUGCCCGUGACUUCAGGGACCCGGUCUUUCAGUCGAUUUUGCCGUAUCUCACCAAACACCUAAAGCACGAGGACUGGCCUUACCGAGAGGCUGCGGUGCUUGCGCUGGGUGCCGUGGCCGAAGGUUGCAUGAAUGUUGUCACACCUCACCUUCCCGAAUUGGUCCCGUAUUUGAUCUCACUCCUGAAUGACCCGGAGCCGGUAGUUCGACAAAUCACUUGUUGGACAUUGGGUCGUUAUUCUGCUUGGGCUGCAGAUUUAGCCGAUCCUCACCUCUUCUUCGAGCCCAUGAUGGAAGGCAUCCUAACUAAAAUGCUUGAUAGCAACAAGAAGGUUCAGGAAGCUGGUGCAUCAGCCUUUGCUAAUCUUGAGGAGAAGGCCGGGAAGAGGCUUGAGCCCUACAGCCUCCCGAUUAUUCAGCAAUACGUUCGAUGCUUCAAGAAGUACAAGGAUAGAAAUAUGUAUAUCCUAUACGAUUGCGUGCAGACGUUGGCCGAGCACAUUGGGCCAGUUCUAGCGAGACCCGAUCUUGUCAACGAGUUGAUGCCAGCCCUCAUCGAUCGAUGGACUAAAGUCUCGGAUCAGUCUCGAGAGCUUUUCCCCCUAUUAGAAUGCCUGUCAUAUGUCGCGAUGGCGUUGAACGAUGCAUUUACCCCAUAUGCUCAACCUAUAUUCGGCCGAUGUGUCAACAUCAUCCAUCAAAACUUGGAAGCGUCUCUGGCUUUGGCAAACGAUCCUUCCCUUGAUGCACCGGAUAAAGACUUUCUAGUCACUAGCCUGGACCUUCUCAGCGCUGUCAUCCAAGCUCUCGAUCCGGCAAUGUCUUCCAAGCUCGUCCAAGAGUCCCAGCCUGCAUUCUUCGAACUUCUUACUUUUUGUAUGGAAGACCCUACAGAUGAGGUACGCCAGUCGGCGUAUGCACUUCUCGGAGAUUGCGCCAAAUACGUGUUUGAACAGUUGCAACCUUCGUUGCCUAGUAUUUUCGCGGUACUUUUGAAGCAACUGGAUUUGGACAGUAUAUUGGACGAAGAUAUAGACAGUGGAUUCGGCGUGGUGAACAACGCAUGCUGGUCCGCAGGGGAGAUCGCCAUCCGACAUAUGUCCAACAUGGCUCCAUACGUUCCCGAGCUCUUCCAGCGAUUCAUCGAAAUUAUUACCAACCAAGGUAUUCCUAAGGGGGUGACCGAAAACGCUGCUAUUGCUUUAGGACGCCUUGGGCUGGGUAACGGCGAACUGCUCGCUCCUCAUUUGGCAAGUUUUGCCGAAGAAUUUCUCACUUCGAUGGACGAGGUUGACCCCUCUGACGAAAAGGCGACUGCAUUCAGAGGCUUCACCGCUAUUGUUGAAAAGAACCCCAUGGCUAUGGAGAAAUCUCUCUUGCAUUUUUUCACUUCCAUUGCUCGAUACAGAGAUCUCAAAUUACGCAGUGAAACCAAGAGUGGUCUCCAUGAGGAUUUCCAGAAGGCUAUCGGCAUUUAUCGCCAAAUCAUUCCUCAGUUCGACCAAUUCCUGAACCAGAUGCAACCACAGGAUCAACAGACAUUAAGGACGACCUACGUCUUUUGA